AAAAAAACUUUUAAGACUUUAUCAAAAAAAAAUUCAUAAAAUAAUUGGACUUUUCCAAUAUAACCAUGUAUUAUUCUUAUUAUAAUAAAACACUUUUUGGUCUACGACGUGUUACUCCUUUCCUUUUUAGAUUUCGUCCAAUCUAAUUUUACCCUGCCCUUCCUCUAAUAUUUCCCCUUCUGUUUUAAAGCCCUUCGUCCCGUCAUUCCCCUUUGUGUGUAAAUCACAUUUCUCUUCCACUGAGGCUUUGAGCCCUAAAUCGCCAAAUCGGUCUCCUGUUCCAUCGAACGAAGAACACUCUGUUGCUUUGGCGUCGCCUACACUAUUGCGGCAGUGUUCUUCUCGAAUGAUGAACAAACCCUGCCGUCUUCAUUCCCCACCAUUGCAGUGGUGUGCUUCUCCAUCGCAACACUCUUGCGGCUAGCAGUAAAUAUAUCAUUGAUUAAGAUGAAGUUGGAUCAAGGAGGCAGGAGCAUAACAAAUGUAAGGGAAUUCAAUAUCCAAACACAUGAACUAAACUUGGAGCCCUUUGUGGUGGAUGAUCCGCAUAAAGACGAAAACUUUCAGCACAUUGACGAUCAACAUCAAUCAUCGAGUUCUGCAUAUGCUCUAUUGGACAUGGAUGCAUCUCAGCCAGAACAGGUGGACGUUUCCUCAUCAAAUUCUAAUGGAAGAUCCCAUGAAAACACUCAACAGGAAGAAGUUAUAUCUCAACCAGAAGAGGAGGAUACUGAAGAACUGCAGGCUUAUAUCAUUAUAGUGAGAAAAAGACAAAGAGAAAAGGAGAUACGAAAAGGAAAGAGCAGCACCUGUGAUGUUUUUGGUCGGAUUAUUGUUCUGAUAACGACGGAAUCAGACACAGAAUUGAGCAGCUCCGACGGCGUACGAUAGACUGAGACACGAACUGUAGUUCGACGAACGGAUAGUCGCUUUCAACUCUGGGGGCGGCGGCUGCAAUCUCUGGUCGUGACACAACAAUCAGCAAAGCAGAUUGCUAUUUGGAGACACAAAGGGUAUUCGUUUUUAAAAGACACAAAAGUCAGCUAGGGUUUUCUGGUUUGAAGUUUGGCGGUGGUUUAUGUUUUCCGGUUAGCUGUUUUUCCAGCAAAGCAUCAUAUUGGUGAUAUUUAAUCUAAGUUUCGUAUUUUCUGGAAGAUUGAGAUAGUAAAUUAAAUAUUAGAUUAGGG